GCUACAAAAACGCACGUGUGCAGUUCAGCGGUUCAGCACAGCCAGACACAGCAUCAUCGUUUUAUGUGUGCGUGUGUUUUGCUCUUGCAUCUCGCUUUUCACUGUGUGAUCGCCUGCUACAACUGGUUAGUUGCCGUGUAGCUACUGCGUAUUUCAAGAACAAGGAACUAUCCGAAAAUGCCGAAGGCCCCUAAAGCACGGAAAAAGAUUCUGCUAGCCGCACCGGUCUCGAUGAGAUGGCCUACAAUUGACAACGAGUGUCGUUCUCGGCUGUUUGAGCGCUUUCGGAGCAUGACUGCGCCCUUGGAUCCUAGGAAGCUGUCUUACCUCGUACUGGGGUUGAACGGUACUGCGCGAGCACUGGAACAGGAUCAGCUCUCCGCGCUGCUACUGAAUUCGUCGGCUGAUCCCCCUAGGCUCUUGCACGGACUCAUCAAGCUGGCACGACACAAAAAUACCCCCGUACUUUGUACCAGCGAGCUGCACGAGUGGGUGCCCAGUGUGCAUUCUUUGCUGGCGUUGGGGCUGCGGCGUACGGCGCCUGCUACCAAGUCAGUCGACGAUUUCCUGAAAGCGGUGCGGCUUAACGCCGGUACUUAUACCGAUAAGGCAUCUGGAAAUGACAGCACUGUGGCAUCGAACAAUGAAAAUGAAACUGUUGACAAGCCCUGCGCUAAGGUAACACCCGCAGUCCCGGAGUCUAGAGUUACCGAGCCGUCUGUUAGCGUGGAGAGAAAAACGAGUGAAAGCAAGAAAGCUAGUGCACCGUUCUUGGAAGAAGCUGCCUUUACGAAAACCAAGGGCACGUCUGAAGCGCAGGUCGGAAUACUCAAUUCGGAAAUCCGCGCCACCGAAGGUAGAGGCGCCUCGUCGGUUACUGUAGACAUUGAGCUUCCUGAAGAAGGCGGUUUAGAAUUUCCAGACUAUGAAGGCGGUUUCGACAGCGUUGAGGUAAUAGAAUCGUCCUCCUGUGCCCCGCAAAAAACGAAAGCUGCUGCUGUGCCCCCUACCGUCCAAGCGUCAUGUUUUGUCAAGGCCAAUAUCAAGCAAGUUUUGCCAAAAGGAAAGACCAAGACUAAAAGGAAACGUGGAAUAAUUAAGGCAAUCAAAUAAAUUUGAAGUUCUGCCGGCGUCAA